AGGAUGCCGGCCGACCUGAUGGAGAAAAGCAGCGCCUCGCCGGUGGCCGCCACCCCUGCCAGCGUCAACGCGACGCCCGACAAGCCCAAGACGGCCGCGGAACACCGGAAGUCCUCCAAGCCCAUCAUGGAGAAGCGGCGGCGGGCGCGCAUCAACGAGAGCCUAGGGCAGCUGAAGACGCUCAUCCUGGACGCGCUGAAGAAGGAUAGCUCGCGGCAUUCCAAGCUGGAGAAAGCUGACAUCCUGGAGAUGACUGUGAAGCACCUGCGGAGCCUGCAGCGAGCCCAGAUGACCGCUGCGCUGAGCACAGAUCCCACCGUGCUGGGCAAGUACCGUGCCGGCUUCAGCGAGUGCAUGAACGAGGUGACGCGGUUCCUCUCCACCUGCGAGGGUGUCAACACUGAGGUGCGCACUCGGCUUCUGGGCCACCUGGCCAGCUGCAUGACCCAGAUCAACGCCAUGAACUACCCGGCACCCCCGCCACCGCCCCCGCUGCCACCAUCUGCAGCCUUUGGGCCACCCCUGGUGCCGCCGGGCAGCGGUGCAGGACCGCUCCCAGGCAUGCCCUGCAAGCCGGGUGCCGAUGCAGCCAAGGUGUAUGGCGGCUUUCAGCUGCUGCCAGCCUCCGAUGGGCAAUUUGCCUUCCUCAUCCCCAGCUCUGCCUUUGCUCCUGGUGGUGCUGUGCUGCCCCUGUAUGGCGGCCCACCCACAGCUGCCACUGCUGCCUCGCCGCCUGGCCCGCCACCUAGCACAGCUGACUCGGUCUGGAGACCUUGGUGAGGGUGGCAGGCACUGGACUGGACUGAGCACAGCACCCCGUGCUGCUGGCACGGCUGUAUAUAGGUUAUAUGUUCAUAUUGGAUUGUGCCUUUGUACUAUAGCACUCCCUCGACAGUGUUUCGUGUUUUACACGAAAUCUUUUUUUUCUCCUAUUCCCUCCCCUUCCUUGUGUGACACCAAAGACUAGGGGGGGUGGU